AUGGUCGUCGCACAGUCCCUCGUCGCCACCGCGCUCCUAACCGUCGGCGGCUACAUGCUCUUCAACGGCCAAGGUGAAUCGUUCAACGUCGGAGAGUUCCUACAAACCACAUCGCCCUAUAUGUGGGCCAACAUGGGCAUUGCCAGCUGCAUUGGCUUCUCUGUGAUUGGCGCAGCGUGGGGUAUUUUCGUCACCGGGUCGUCCAUCUUGGGUGCCGGAGUUAAGGCGCCCCGGAUCACCACCAAGAACUUGAUCUCCAUUAUUUUCUGUGAGGUGGUGGCCAUCUACGGGUUGAUCAUGGCCAUUGUGUUCUCGGCCAAGCUCAACAGCGUGCCGGAGACGUCGUUGUACACCAAGGAGAACUUGUACACUGGGUAUGCGUUGUUUUGGGCCGGUGUGACCGUUGGGUUGUCCAACUUGUUGUGUGGCAUUGCGGUGGGGAUUACGGGCUCCACUGCGGCCAUCAGUGAUGCGGCCGACCUGUCGCUUUUCGUGAAGAUCUUGGUCAUUGAGAUUUUCGGCUCCGUGUUGGGUUUGUUCGGGCUUAUUGUCGGCUUGAUGAUGGCCGGUAAGGCUCCCGAGUUCAAGUGA